AGAUCCCCGAAUUGUAUCCCGCAGAUAAGUUGGUGGAAUUCGUGGCGGUAAACAUUUCCAUCAGUUCACGUUCCAUGUCCGGUUGCGAUUUCGAGUCGAAGCGCCACGCCGUUCCAGUCCAAAGUCAUCACGGCCUCGAAUGUAUCCCUACUCAGCCAUCAGUAAAGUAAGGGCUGAAUGAUCCGCGAACGUUGAUGAAGGCAAAAGCCUAGGCUUGCUGGUAUGAUAACGUAACGAUACGAAUCGUGCUCAAAAAUGCUCAAAUCCCCGUUCUCAUGAGUCCCUUGAAGCAAAGCCUGCCGAGCGGGUUCUGAUCAUUUAUCUUUAAGCCAGCUAUUGAGCUGCCACGCCAAAACGUCAUUAUGUUGGCCCUUCGCCAUGUUUGGAUCAUCGUUACUGAUGUUGCCAAUUCACUCUUUGGUUCACCCUUCUUCCGAGACGGACCUCAACACCACCUAGGAGCCAAGUUUAGCUGGUCUCACAUCGGCCUAGGAACUGCCGGACAUGGCAGUCCUGUCUUCACGCCUCCCGGAAGCAAUAUUGACAAAUUUGUCUGUGACUACAGCCAUAUGAAAGGCUUCAAGGCAUGUGGCACUGCAGAUGACCGGAAAUGCUGGCUUCGCAACUCGGAGACUGGAGAAGAGUACAACAUCACAACCGAUUACGAGGACAAGGUGCCGCAAGGCAUCACCCGUGUUUACUAUCUUAACGUUACAGAUGGAUCCAUCAAUGCCAACGGCCAGAACUUCACCGAAGCGAAGUUGUUCAACAACUCUUGGCCCGGGCCUCUCAUUGAAGCUUGCUGGGGUGAUACUGUGGAGAUUCACGUUCAGAACUUCCUCGUCAACAACGGAACCAGCGUUCAUUGGCAUGGUAUCAGACAGAAUCAAACGAUGCACAUGGACGGUGUCAACGGCAUCACACAAUGCCCCAUCGCCCCGCAGUCCAGCUUUGUUUACCGGUGGAAUGCCACACAGUACGGCACCUCAUGGUAUCACAGCCAUUACUCGGUUCAGUAUGCCGACGGAGUGCAAGCUCCCAUUACCAUUCACGGACCAACAUCAUUCCCGUAUGACGAGGCUAUCGAGCCAAUCUCCGUGACUGAUUGGGCGAACAAUAGCGCAUUUGAAAACAUGUACAUAGCUGCAACUGGUCAAGACAUCCUACUGGGUGGCAAAGGAAACAUCAAUCGAUUCACUGGAGGUAUUGAAAACACCACAGACAUCCCCCGUGGUUACGAGAUUUGGUUCGAUGACAUCGACCCCAACCCUGUUACGAGAGCAAAGCGGUAUCUCCUACGCCUUGUCAACACCGCAUUUCAAUCCACGUUUAUCUUCUCCAUCGACAACCACAAUUUUACGGUUGUUGAGGCAGAUUUUGUCCCCGUUGAGCCAUUCAACGCUACUUCUAUUCUCAUCGCCAUCGGACAGAGGUAUCACAUUAUUGUCGAGGCAAAGCCGGUUGUCAACAGCUCGAACCCCGAUGCUAAUCCUUUACCGGAGGAUGGCAAUUUCUGGAUUCGCACCCACGUGCCACUAGACGGAAACCAGACAUCGGAAGGAGGCACCACUGUGGACGUGAACAACUACAUGAAGACUGGUAUCCUGCGUUACGACAGUUCUAGUACAGCAGACCCAACUACGACGGGUUGGAACAUCAGCCUCGUUGUCUCAGACACUGAGUUCAACGACAAGCUUGUACCCACUGUUCCCUGGACGGUUGGACCCCCCUCAAACGGCAAAAUCGGGGAGGAAUUCAAUAUCGCGGACUUGAGUAACGCGGCAAACCCGAACGGCCCAUACGCGACAGCAUUUUUCUCUUUCGAGCGACCGGACAGCAAGGACGUACGACCUUUCCAGACCACCUAUGGCAAUCCUACCUUCUUGAACCUCGACAAUGUUGGCGAUGAGUGGCCGACAGGAUGGGUUGUCGUGCCGGAGAACUAUACCGCUGAUGACUGGGUCUAUCUGGUUCUGAAUUCCGACAACAACGACAAUACCCACCCAACAUAUGGUCCUCAUCCAAUCCAUCUCCACGGCCAUGACUUUGCCAUCGUCGAGCAGGCGGAUGACAAGUUAUGGAACCCCAAAGACUUCAACCUCGAGAAGAUCAAAAGGAACAAUCCCCCCCGCCGUGACGUGGUACUGCUUCCCAAGAGCGGCUACGCCGUCAUUGCCUUCAAAUCAGAUAAUCCCGGCGUUUGGUUAAUGCACUGCCACAUUGCUCGCCACGCCUCUGCGGGCCUGUCUCUGCAAAUUAUGGAACGACAGGCCGACGCCAACCUCAUUUGGCCAGCCGGGAACUCUCAGGCUCUGGAUAAUGCCCACAGUCUCUGUGCAAGCUGGAAUACUUGGGCGUAUGACUGCAAGAACUACUGGCCUGGCAACGUGGGUACCGAUGAGAACCCAGACUUCCCCGCCUGCGCCAACGCCACGAAUCUGCAGAACGAUUCUGGAGUUUAAAAGAGGAUGAGCGCACUGAGAGGAUAACAAUGAUUCAUCAGUAUGAUGAGGCAGUCUAAUGAUAAUGUGGGAGACGAUGGAAUGGGAAGCGGAAGGAAAAUGAUAUAAUAUGGAGCAUCCUGAAGAGUAAGCAAGAGAGUGGUUUGAGAAGAAAUCGGUGAAGAUAGCAACAUGAUUGAUGUCCAAGAUUUCCGUGACUAGCAGCGGUGGCUGAUGUAGGCAAGGCAACUGGCGGCGACAGAAUGGCCAUUCAACCCGUUCCACCGAAGCAAACAACUUAGAUUCGCUCUUAUUGUCCUCUCAGCUCUCCCGGCUAGGCGGACUCAUGCAGCCGUUGAGCCAAUCUUCCAGCAAAUGCCAAGCUCACACAUGACCCGGCCAAUGGGCAUACUGCCAUCGUAUGCUGGUGUGGUAUGCGACCCGGCGGCGUGGGUUUCGCGUGGCUUAUCCAACGGGCGACAACCAACGGCCAAAUCUGAUGGUGGCGUUCUGGGUCUGCGCUGUCGAAAACGCAUGUAAGCGCUGACUCCCAGAACAGAUAUACGAGUGAGCGGCACUUUGUCGAAGGAACGCCGUUGAGGACAGCCUUGAUUUGUCUUUUCCAGUCUCAUCAUCCCACGUCGCGAUAUCAGAGCAACGACAGUGAGGUGAGAGUAAGCAUGGAUGAGAUGUGUGAGUUGGCAAUGGAUGCUGUUGAGUGGGUGUCUGGCCGGUCAACUCUUUUGCCUGCGACGGGGUUCCCGGGGCCGAAUGCGAUGAGAUUCCUUCAUGACUAUGUUUAUAAACCCCUACGAGAAUCACGACACGAAGUCAAAUUCUCGUCCGAGACUCAGCAGCGCCGUCUCAACUCGCCUAUGAUGCCAUUCACAAAGUUCACGGAGCUCCCUCCCGAACUCCGCUUCAAAAUCUGGGAUGAGGCAACAGCCGGACCGUCAAUACACAUCUUUGAUGUCUGUUUUCCGUCCUGGCGCGGCACCGAUCGAAGUAGACGAGCUUUUCAAUCCGCGGACGGUAAGAUUUCAGAGCGGAACCACGCCAGAUGGACAAAGUACAGAGAGUGCGUCUUCUUGGACGCCCUCGAAACGGGACCGGCGGAGCUAGCGCGACAUACGAGGAUAGCAAGACACAUGCACGAUCCAUCCGUCUACAAGCAACGGCAAACGAUGCGGCUAGUGUGUUCUGAAGCCUCGGCGGCCGUGGAGAGGCGGUUGAAGGGGAGGAAUAUGAACUCCGUCUACCUCCCCGGUCGGAACCAGAGAAUACGCUACGACAACGAAGAAGACGUGCUGCUAUUGCGGUUCGGAGACGGCGGUGCCCUCACGGAUCUCAGCCACGGGGUUUUACUUGGCGAAUAUGAGGCUUCGGGAGUGAACAACUUGACCGAGGUGCUUGAAGGGCCGUGGAGCGCCGAGAUAGCGACGACGUUGCGUGAUGCGCGGCUCAUCGCUUUGGAUAUUGCGGAGACGUGGACGCCAGCAACGGUUGGGGCGGUGUUGUUCGAAGAGGUGACGUAUCUGGCAUGUUGUAUACAACGGGGACUCCGCGUGCUGUACUUGGUCGACCACUGCCACGGCCGAUGUACCCGAUGCAAGAAGCAGGAUGUCACGAGAUCUCAGCUCCAAACCCGCGGCGAACUAUAUCACCAGCUUCACAGUCGAGACAGAGACGCGGCCAGAUCGCGAAAAGCGGACGUAAUCCAUGGUGUCGGGAAGACGUAUCGGGAGGUGUUCGAUCUGGAGGGCAUGGGUUGGUCAGACGAGCACCCGAUCUACAUGUUUGCGAGUGUUAUGGACGAGAUGAUCAGGAGCCAGCAGACAGACGCUGCUACGCAGGAUUUCGAGGGAAUCAGGGUGUUGCUGGUGGAAGACGAUGAGUUGGAGGGCGUGGACAGCACGACGGUAAUGGACUGUUAUCCGGACAGCCGUUCACAGGUCGCCAAUGAGGGCGUGGACAUGAGCCUGCGGUAGUCGAGCUAACGACGCGGGUGAGAACAAGAGACCUUCUCGGCGUGAGAAGGGCGAGAUAAGCUGACUGGCGAAAGGGUGCCUAUUCCAGCUGGACCAAGUGGUUGGGUCGAACCGGCUGACGUGGGGCAACGAGGAGCUGAUUUCGUCGAAACGGCAUAUGUCGAAACGACUGGAAGGAUGCGAGCUAGGGAGGGAGA